AUGGCGCUGCAAGUGGAGCUCAUACCUACUGGGGAGAUCAUCCGUGUGGUUCACCCCCACAGGCCCUGCAAGCUAGCCCUGGGCAGUGACGGGGUGCGGGUCACCAUGGAGAGCGCGCUGACCGCCCGUGACCGGGUGGGGGUGCAGGACUUCGUGCUGCUGGAGAACUUCACCAGCGAGGCCGCCUUCAUCGAGAACCUGCGGCGGCGCUUCCGGGAGAACCUGAUCUACACCUACAUUGGCCCCGUGCUGGUCUCUGUCAACCCCUACCGAGACCUGCAGAUCUACAGCCGACAGCACAUGGAGCGUUAUCGAGGCGUCAGCUUCUAUGAGGUUCCACCUCACCUGUUCGCGGUGGCCGACACUGUGUACCGGGCACUGCGCACUGAGCGCCGGGACCAGGCGGUGAUGAUCUCUGGGGAAAGCGGGGCAGGCAAGACCGAGGCCACCAAGCGGCUGCUACAGUUCUAUGCCGAGACCUGCCCAGCCCCCGAGCGGGGUGGUGCUGUGCGGGACCGGCUACUGCAGAGCAACCCGGUGCUGGAGGCCUUUGGCAAUGCGAAGACCCUCCGGAAUGACAACUCCAGCAGGUUUGGGAAGUAUAUGGACGUGCAGUUUGACUUCAAGGGUGCCCCUGUGGGUGGCCACAUCCUCAGUUACCUCCUGGAGAAGUCCCGCGUGGUGCACCAGAAUCACGGGGAGAGGAACUUCCACAUCUUCUACCAGCUGCUGGAGGGGGGUGAGGAGGAGACGCUGCGCAGGCUGGGCCUGGAACGAAACCCCCAGAGCUACCUGUACCUGGUGAAGGGCCAGUGCGCCAAAGUCUCCUCCAUCAACGACAAGAGUGACUGGAAGGUGGUCAGGAAGGCUCUGACUGUCAUUGACUUCACCGAGGACGAGGUGGAGGACCUGCUAAGCAUCGUGGCCAGCGUCCUGCAUCUGGGCAACACCCACUUUGCCGCCGAUGAGGAGAGCAACGCCCAGGUCACCACCGAGAACCAGCUCAAGUACCUGACCAGGCUCCUUGGUGUGGAAGGCUCAACAUUGCGGGAAGCCCUGACCCACAGGAAGAUCAUCGCCAAGGGCGAAGAGCUCCUGAGCCCGCUGAACCUAGAACAGGCCGCAUAUGCGCGGGACGCCCUCGCCAAGGCUGUCUACAGCCGCACCUUUUCCUGGCUGGUCGCGAAGAUCAACAGGUCGCUGGCCUCCAAGGAUGCCGAGAGCCCCAGCUGGCGGAGCACCACAGUCCUCGGGCUACUGGACAUUUACGGCUUUGAAGUGUUCCAGCACAACAGCUUUGAGCAGUUCUGCAUCAAUUACUGCAACGAAAAGCUGCAGCAGCUCUUCAUUGAGCUCACCCUCAAGUCGGAGCAGGAGGAGUACGAGGCCGAGGGCAUCGCUUGGGAGCCAGUCCAGUAUUUCAACAACAAGAUUAUCUGUGACCUGGUAGAGGAGAAGUUCAAGGGCAUCAUCUCCAUUUUGGACGAGGAGUGUCUGCGUCCCGGGGAGGCCACGGACCUGACCUUCCUGGAGAAGCUGGAGGACACAGUCAAACACCAUCCACACUUCCUGACGCACAAGCUGGCUGACCAGCGGACCAGGAAAUCUCUGGACCGCGGGGAGUUCCGCCUUCUGCACUAUGCCGGGGAGGUGACCUACAACGUGACUGGGUUUCUGGAUAAAAACAACGACCUUCUCUUCCGGAACCUGAAGGAGACCAUGUGCAGCUCAGAGAAUCCCAUUCUGAGCCAGUGCUUCGACCGGAGCGAGCUCAGCGACAAGAAGCGGCCAGAGACGGUGGCCACCCAAUUCAAGAUGAGCCUCCUGGAGCUGGUGGAGAUCUUGAAAUCAAAGGAGCCUGCCUACAUCCGCUGCAUCAAGCCCAAUGACUCCAAGCAGCCCGGCCGCUUUGAUGAGGUGCUGAUCAGGCACCAGGUGAAGUACCUGGGGCUGAUGGAGAACCUGCGCGUGCGCAGAGCCGGCUUUGCCUACCGCCGCAAAUACGAGGCUUUCCUGCAGAGGUACAAGUCACUGUGCCCAGAGACAUGGCCCACGUGGACAGGACGGCCCCAGGAUGGGGUGACUGUGCUGGUCAGGCACCUGGGCUACAAGCCAGAAGAGUACAAGAUGGGCAGGACCAAGAUCUUCAUCCGCUUCCCCAAGACCCUGUUUGCCACAGAGGACGCCUUGGAGAUCCGACGACAGAGCCUGGCCACGAAGAUCCAGGCCGCCUGGAGGGGCUUUCACUGCCGGCAGAAAUUCCUGCGGGUGAAGCGAUCAGCCAUCUGCAUCCAGUCGUGGUGGCGAGGAACGCUGGGCCGAAGGAAGGCGGCCAAGAGGAAGUGGGCGGCACAGACCAUCCGGCGGCUCAUCCAGGGCUUCAUCCUGCGCCACGCGCCCCGUUGCCCCGAGAAUGCCUUCUUCGUGGACCACGUGCGCACCUCUUUUCUGCUCAACCUGCGACGGCAGUUGCCCCGGAAUAUCCUGGACACUUCUUGGCCCACACCCCCACCUGCCCUGCGUGAGGCCUCAGAGCUGCUGCGGGAGCUGUGCCGGAAGAACAUGGUGUGGAAAUACUGCCGGAGCAUCAGCCCCGAAUGGAAGCAGCAGCUGCAGCAAAAGGCUGUGGCGAGUGAGAUCUUCAAGGGCAAGAAGGACAAUUACCCCCAGAGUGUCCCCAGACUCUUCAUCAGCACUCGGCUUGGUGCAGAUGAGAUCAACCCCAGAGUGCUGCAGGCCCUGGGCUCGGAGCCCAUCCAGUACGCGGUGCCCGUCGUGAAGUACGACCGAAAGGGCUACAAGCCGCGCUCCCGGCAGCUGCUGCUGACGCCCAACGCCGUGGUCAUCGUGGAGGACGCUAAGGUCAAGCAGAGGAUCGAGUACACCAACCUGACUGGAAUCUCCGUCAGCAGCCUGAGCGACAGCCUCUUCGUGCUCCACGUGCAGCGUCAGGACAAUAAGCAGAAGGGGGACGUGGUGCUGCAGAGUGACCACGUGAUUGAGACCCUGACCAAGACGGCCCUCAGCGCUGACCGAGUGAACAACAUCAACAUCAACCAGGGCAGCAUCACAUUCGCAGGCGGGCCCGGCAGGGAUGGCAUCAUUGACUUCACACCCGGCUCGGAGCUGCUCAUCACCAAGGCCAAGAACGGGCACCUGGCUGUGGUGGCCCCACGGCUGAACUCGCGGUGA